AUGACGAAGCGCCCGUUACCAGAAAUUCUCUCUGAUGAGGUUGACCCCGUUAAAGAGAAGCACCCACGUUUGAAUACGCCGACCAAUGAUGGCGUUGUGCUACCGGAAGACAUCGAAGAGUUGUGCGGUUAUCUGGACGAGAACGAUGUCGAUCUACUACCGAAGCAGCCCGAUGAUCGCUUGAAGCGUGAGAUACGAGCUCUGAAAGCUGAGAAACAGGCCCUGCGGCGUGACUUAUCGCGUAGUCGGCGAGUUGGAAGAAAUCUCGAGAGUGACAUGAGCCGACUGCGUUGCCAGCGACACAGGGAGUUGAGCUAUGAGCGACGAGCUCAACGAGAUAUCCGUACUCGUGAAGACGGUGUGGCUAGCUGUGAACAAGACUGUAGACACGUGAUGAAAACUCUCUGUAGCCUGAAAGCUCACCUGCUAGACCAGAUAAGUUCGUAUGAGCAAAAGGAGGUGAAGCGCGUCGUUGAAAUGCUGAUUGAUCGAACGGAGGUGAAGUCUACGACAGCGUAUCUCCAGAAUACACAGGAAGACUUAAUGUGGUUACAGCAACUGGAAGAAGACUGGCAAGAGUACGCAGCCUCGGUGGGGAAGGAGCGUCUUGAAGUGGAGACGUUUGUCGCAGAAGAGAAACAACUUGUAACCAAGCAAGUUGAUGGUCUAAAGACGCAGUUGGACAGUACGCAACGCCGCCUACAAGAGGUGGAACAAGCUGGUGUAGAGCUGAAUGCCAUGUGCGACUUACUGCAGCAGGAAGUCACGUGCCAGUCACAGUGGCUCACAGGCUUCGCUCUCAACAGCAUGGCAAUGGUUAGCAUCCAAGACCAGCUAGCCAAGAGAUUGGAAGAAACACAAGCAGAAUGGCAGCAAAGUUUGAGCCAAUUACGACAAGAACGCGACGAGAUUCAAGUAGAAAAGUCGAAGCAGCUAGACCAGCUCGAAUUUGAAACGACGGAGCUCCAACAGCAGCUUCGUGUAUCUCAGUUCAGCGAGUUGAAUGCUCAGAAUGAACUCCAGGUUUCCCAGAAGACUGCAGAGACCUACAAAACUCAAAAGAAGAAGCUGCAAUCGGAGCUGAAGACGCUUCAAGACCAGGUCAAGACGCUGCAGACCGAGCUCAGGAUUGCGAAACCUGAAAUUUAA